AUGAAUGAUAAUGAACGAAAAGAAAUAAUUGAUUCAUGGCAUAUGCGUGCUGAUCCUUAUCAUAUACUGACUAAGAAUUAUCAAAUAUUUUCCGACAUGGCUAUGAGUAUGAUCAAAUUUGUUGAAAAACAUCGAUUAAACAAUUCGAAAGAUAUUCAUAUUAUGGAUUUAGCUGCUGGAACUGGUUUAGUUUCUAAAUUAUUAAUUGAAUAUCUUAAUAUAUCACCAUCAUCAUUAUAUCUUGUUGAACCAGCUGAAAGAAUGUGUUUACAUGCACGAAAUAAUAUAAAGAGUGAUCAUAUAUAUAAAAUGUCUGCUGAAGAUUGUCUUUUAACAAAUGAUUUACCUCGAGAUUAUUUCGAUUUUAUUCUAUGUAAUGCUUCAAUGCAUUUAAUGUCUGAAGAUAAUAUAUAUCCAGUUGUAUCGAAAUUACUGAAACCUAAAACAGGUUAUUUUAUUUAUACAAUAUGGUAUCAUUCAUUUGAUGAAACUGAACAUUAUCAGAAAAAUCAAUUUAUAGAAACAUAUAUUAAUGAUGCAUUAACUUUUUUUAAUUAUCCAAUCUAUUUUUCAACAACGAAUAGAAAAAAAACGAAAACAAAUCGUUCAAGAAAAUAUUUAGAAGAAAUAGCAGAUAAAUAUGGACUUAAACUUGAAUCAUGUACAAUUCAUAUUCAUCGAACACCCCUUUCUUUUGAUCUUGAUUUUAUGUUAAUGACACCAAAUUGGUUAAUUCAACAUUUAAAAACUAAUCAACCAUCUGAAUAUGAAGAUACUUAUUUAAUUCGAGAACGUAUUAUUGAAAAAGUUCAACAAUUAAUUGAAGGAAUAUUUACUGAAAUACCUGUUGUCAAUAUAAUUGUCUCAAGAAUUUUAAUUAAUUAA